AUGCCUACCGUAGCUGUCGAUAAAGAAGACCUGUACCAGUUGUUGGGAAGGUCAUACACCACCGAAGAGUUUGACGAACUUUGUUUUGAGUUCGGUAUUGAGCUGGACGAGGACACCACUAAUGAUUGUGCCAAGGGAGAAAGACCUCAGUUGAAGAUAGAAAUACCUGCCAAUCGAUACGACAUGUUGUGCAUUGAAGGUAUUGCUCAAGCUCUAAACGAAUACUUAGGUCGUUCUAGCGCUCCGGCUUACUCUCUGCAGCCAGCAGUUCCUCAAGUUACCAUGACUAUUAAGGAGUCUACUUCCACCAUUCGUCCAUACGCAGCAGCUGCCAUUUUGAGAGGUAUCAAGUUUACACAAAGAUCUUACGAUUCUUUCAUUGCCCUCCAGGACAAACUGCACACGAACUUGUGCCGAAAUAGAACUCUAGUCGCCAUGGGUACUCAUGAUCUGGACACUUUGGAAGGUCCUUUUACAUACGAGGCGCUACCUCCAUCUGAGAUCACAUUUAUUCCUUUAAACCAGACUAAAGCUAUGGAUGGUAACCAAUUAAUGGAAUUUUAUGAGAAGGACAAAAAUCUCGGAAAGUACUUGCACAUCAUCAAAGAUUCUCCCGUUUUCCCAGUCAUUCUGGACAAGAACAGAAAUGUCGCCAGUAUGCCUCCAAUUAUCAACUCUGAUCGCUCCAAGAUUACCUUGGAAACCACAAACGUCUUCCUAGAUAUCACAGGUACCGAUAAGACUAAAGUCGCCAUUGUUGUCAAUCAAUUAGUGGCUAUGUUCUCUCGCUAUUGUUCUACUCCAUUCUCCAUUGAGCCUGUUAAUGUUGUGUCCGAGCACAACAAGGAGACAAGAGUUUUUCCAGAUAUUAAACCAAGACUCAUGCAGGCUGAAAUCUCUUACAUCAACUCAUGUCUUGGUCUGAAUCUGGAUGUCGACACUAUUAUCCAAUUACUAAAGAAAAUGGGUUUACAGCCUAAGCAAAAUGAGUCGAAAAACGACUUGUUAGAUGUUUACAUUCCCAUAACUAGACCUGAUGUCCUACAUCAAUGUGAUAUUAUGGAGGAUGCUUCCAUUGCCUACGGUUAUAAUAAUUUAGUAAAAACUCAAGCCCAGUCCCAAGCUUUAGUUGCCCAACCUCUACCAAUCAACAAAAUCGCCGAUAUUGUCAGACUGGCCACCUCUCAAAAUGGAUGGAGUGAGACAUUGCCCUUGACCCUGUGCUCACAUGAUGAAAAUUUCAAAUUCCUUAGACAAAAUGACGAUUCAAAGGCUGUGAAGUUGGCCAAUCCAAAGACCAUUGAAUACCAAGUUGUCAGAACAACUUUACUACCUGGUCUGUUGAAGACUGUCAAAGAAAAUAGAAAACACUCUCUCCCUAUUAAAGUCUUUGAAUGUGGCGACAUCGUGUUAAAAGAUGAGACUUUGGAGAGGCGUGCUAAGAACCAGAGAAAUUGGGCUGCUGUUUUUGUUGGCAAAACCGCCGGAUUCGAGUUUGUUCAAGGUCUUUUAGGUAAGAUCAUGCAGACAUUAAGAACUGAUUGGCUGGAGAAACCAUCUGCAGGCAAGAGAGGUUACUGGAUCGAACAAGAUGAUGCUAAUGCCACCUUCUUCCCUGGCAGAGGUGCCAAAAUUUUCUUUAGAGCGGCUGACGGAGCUGAGGCUAACGAGAUCGGUUCUAUUGGUGUUCUUCACCCCGAAGUGCUAGGAUUUUUUGAAAUUCCUUUUGCUGCUUCUUCUGUAGAGAUUAACACUGAAAAAUUCUUGUAG